AUGCAUCAGUACCAGAUUGUGGGCCGUGCAGCGCCCACCAACAAGAAUCCAACUCCCAAGAUCUACCGCAUGCGAAUCUUUGCGAGGAACGUGGUUUUGGCAAAGAGCCGCUUUUGGUAUUUCAUGAAGAGGUUGAACAAGGCGAAGAAAAGUGGUGGCGAGUUGCUGGUGCGAGCUCUCAGCUUGGGGUGGAUCGUGUUGGAUCUUGAGAAAAGACUUUGCGACGUAACCCUAAGCGUUCGUGCGAAGCAAUCCGAAGUCAAACGGGUUCGGGCCAACUUCCAUACAUACCGCUAA